AUGCAACCCAUUACAUCAACCAUCCAGGCCAGCUCCUCUGAGAAGGAAAAUUCAGGUGAUGUCAAGGAGCUUCUUCCUGAUUGGUCCGUCUUGUGGGUCUAUUGCCAUCAUGAAGCUGAGUCUCACCAUCACCACCACGAAGCUGGAUCUUUCCUCAGGCGUGUCCACUGUGCCAUCAUGGCCCUUGGCUUAUGGGAAGGUCGUGCUGUUGCAUUCAUUCUCACGCGUCGAGCUGAAGCGCUUAGAGCACGAGCACCAAAGUUUACAGGUCCAUCCCGCAGCUCCCAGAUGCCGAAUCACCAAGACAAUAAUAUCAACUUCAAGAUUGUCACACUGCACUCGCAUUCAGUUUCGACCCUUGCGCCCCAAGACCCUCUUCAGUCUCUCCCACAACCCCAGUGGGACCUCUGA